AACUCUCCACCGUGUCAUUUUAAGAGCAGUCCUGACUUGCAGAAUCAGAUGGAGCGAUCUGCUUCUCUGGCAGUGAUUCAGUUUAACAGGAGCUUUUGAAAUGAAGACUUCCAGCAGUUUCUGAAUCAAUCAUUCUGUAGGCCGUGACACAGGUGAAAGCGAGGCGCGGAGAGCAUGUCAGGGGCAGUGAGGCGAGUUCUGGGGAGGAAGUGGUACUUCUACAGACUUCUGGGCCGAUCUAGGCACAGACAGCAUGUUCGGUCACGGAGCCGCUGCCGCACUGCUAUCAAGGAGUCUCUCACUGACAGGGUGGGCCGGCGGCGCAGUAUGCCUGGCAGUACGGUGGACAAAACGGUGGUCGCUAUGGAUGCAGACACGUCAGCGCCUUUUAAAGUCACGGGCUUCCUGAGCCGCAGACUGAAGGGUUCCAUCAAACGCACCAAAAGCCAGCCAAAGCUCGACCGCCACAGCAGCUUCAGGAACAUCUUACCGGGCUUCAAGAGCACGGAGAAUGAUAGAUCCCAUCUGAUGCCGAGGCUGAAGGAAUCGCGGUCUCACGAGUCGUUGCUCAGCCCCAGCAGUGCAGUAGAAGCUCUAGAUCUCAGUAUGGAGGAAGAAGUGCUCAUCAAACCUGUGCACAGCAGCAUCUUGGGACAGGAUUUCUGUUUUGAGGUAACUACUUCAACAGGAAGCAAAUGCUUCUCAUGUCGGUCGGCUGCCGAGAGAGACAAAUGGAUGGAGAAUUUGAGACGUGCUGUGCAUCCCAACAAGGAUAACACCCGUCGGGUGGAAAACAUGCUGAAAUGUUGGAUUAUCGAAGCUAAGGACUUGCCUGCAAAGAAAAAAUACUUCUGUGAACUUUGUCUGGAUGACACGUUAUACGCACGGACUACCUGCAAACUCAAAACGGACAAUGUUUUCUGGGGAGAACACUUUGAGUUCAACAACCUGCCCUCAGUUAAGAGCAUCACCGUGCAUCUUUACAAAGAAACGGACAAAAAGAAGAAGAAGGACAAAAAUAACUAUGUGGGCCUGGUCAAUAUCCCUAUAGCGGCAGUCACCGGGCGGCAGUUUGUGGAAAAAUGGUAUUCCGUGAGCACGCCAAAUCCCAAUAAAGGAAAGAGUCCGGGACCCAUGGUCCGAAUGAAAUCCCGAUAUCAGAGCAUGAGCAUCCUCCCCAUGGAGCUGUACAAGGAGUUCGCAGAGUAUAUUACUAACAAUUAUAUGCUAAUGUGCUCGUUGCUGGAGCCAGCACUAAGUGUGAAGAACAAGGAGGAGAUGGCUUGUGCACUUGUCCAUAUCUUACAAAGCACAGGCAAGGCCAAGGACUUUCUGACAGAUCUGAUGAUGUCUGAGGUGGAUCGGUGUGGAGACAAUGAGCAUCUCAUAUUCCGUGAGAACACACUGGCUACUAAAGCUAUAGAGGAGUACCUGAAACUAGUGGGACAGAAGUACCUUCAGGAUGCUUUAGGUGAGUUCAUCAAAGCCCUGUAUGAGUCAGACGAGAACUGCGAGGUGGAUCCAUCUAAGUGCUCCUCCAGUGACCUGCAUGAGCACCAGAGCAACCUCAAGAUGUGCUGUGAGCUGGCUUUCUGCAAGAUCAUCAAUUCUUACUGGUUUGGCAGUAAGGAGGAGUACAUGUCCUUCAUGAACCAGUUUUUGGAGCACGAAUGGACCAACAUGCAGCGCUUCCUGCUGGAGAUCUCCAACCCAGAGACCAUCUCAAACACAGCAGGCUUCGAGGGUUAUGUUGACCUGGGCCGUGAACUCUCCACUCUCCAUUCUCUCCUGUCAGAAGCCGUUUCACAACUCGAUCAGAGUACUAUCACUAAGCUGGGUCCUUUAGCACGGAUCCUGCGGGACGUGAAUUCGGCCCUGACGAACCCCACCGGAGCCCCCAUGUCAUCUCCCACCGAGCGUGUGGGCUCCCCCACUCUACCCAGCAGCAGCCUGUCUACCGGUCUGCAGAAAAUGGUCUUGGACAGUGAAAUCACAGGGUUGGUGGAUUUCACUCGGCUGCCCUCACCGACCCCCGAAAACAAGGAUUUGUUUUUCGUAACGAAGAAUUCUGUAAUCCAGCCGUCGCCUGCCCGCAGCUCCAGUUACUCGGAGGCCAACGAGCCAGAUGUUCAGAUCCCCAACGGCAGCAAGAGCUUGUCAAUGGUGGACCUGCAGGACAGUCGUUCUCUCGAGAGCGCUCCCAACACCUCCUUCAGCGACCCCAUCAAUGACAGCCAGACCUCUGUGGGCCAGGGCACAGGAGUGUGGACCACCCGCACCGCUAAGGGCAACACGCCCAGCGGUCCGACCCUGAGGAGGGCAGGUCAGACCCCCACCACACCGAGCACAGAAACCGCCCCGGGGAGGUCCCAGCUGCUCGCCCCGCUCUCGUUCCAGAACCCCGUGUACCAGAUGGCCGCCGGAUUGCCCCGUGCGGUGGCCGAUUCGGGAUCUGAAUGCCAGAGCUCCAUCAGCUCCCAGAGUAACGCAGAGGAAGCAGCUACCGCGGGGUCAAAGCACCCAUUCCUGAGCCAGUCCAGCAUGGGGGCCAGCGGCGGGGAUGAGUUCAUUCGGUGUUCUGGAGAAUUCACCCGCAGACAGCUGUCCCUCACGGAGCCCCAACACCAAGCCAACGUACCACGCCAGAACAGCGCGGGGCCGCAGCGCCGGAUAGAUCAGCCUCCUCCAGCCGUCACAAGGGGCCGCACUCCACCCAACAUGCUCAACACCGCACCGUACCCCCGCCCCUCCAGUGGAAGUAUGAUGUCAUCAUCUCCUGAUUGGCCAAGCAGCGGCACCAGACUGAGACAGCAGUCGUCGUCCUCCAAAGGGGACAGUCCAGAAUCCAAGCAGCGCACCCUACACAAACAAGCUCCAUCUCCUGUGAAUCCCAAUGCGUUGAACCGCACUGCUGCGUGGCUGCUGAAUAUGAAUGUGCAAUAUUUGGAGCAGGAGGGAAUUGACCCAGAUUCGAAACACCGGGAGGACUUUCCAAACAAGGAGGAUCUCACCCCAACUGAAAAGUAUCAGCACGAGAUUGCUGUCCUGCAGGAGAAGCUGCGUAUUUCUGCUAAGAAGCUGGAAGAGUAUGAAUCUCACAUGAAGAGCCAGGAUGACCAAACCCAGAAGAUGCUCCUGGAGUACCAGGCCCGGCUUGAGGACACGGAGGAGCGAUUACGCAAGCAGCAGGAUGAGAAAGAGCACCAGAUGAAGAGCAUCAUCACCAGGUUGAUGUCAGUUGAAGAGGAGCUGAAGAAAGAUCACGCAGACAUGCAGGCAAUUGUAGACUCCAAACAGAAAAUCAUCGAAGCCCAGGAGAAGAGAAUCGCAUCCCUGGACGCCGCAAACUCCCGGCUAAUGAGCGCUCUGUCUCAGCUGAAGGAUCGUUACAGCAUGCAAACGAGGAACGGCAUCUCUCCCACCAACCCUACCAAGCUGCAGAUCACAGAAAACGGUGAAUUUCGGAACAGCAGCAACUGCUAGCUUGGACACAAACACACAACACAGGCCUAAGGGCUAGUGAUGGACAAGGGCUAUGGGUAACUCUCUUACAAUACGGCGGGGGUUCAAUUGACUUCACAAAGCCCCUAGUACUGGGUCGAAAAUAACUAUUGGGAACGAAUUGGAUUGAGUUGCACAAUGUUGUUUUUUUCAUUCAGAAUAUAAAGGCUAAUGUGUCUUUUUGAAUCCUUUUAGAUUAUUAGCCACACACAGAUGUCCCAUGAUGCUUCAUUCAUAGCCCUUGUCACGAGAGCCACUCGGUCACCGAUGUAAGCCGUGACCAGAUUCUGUAUCAUCUCUAGAUUUGAACUGUGCAUAUACGUACAUCUUUUGAUUGGGCUUGGCAUGAUAAUAAUGUAAUUAUUUGUUGAAACACUAUUUUCCGCUUUCUUUUUAUUGUGUACAUUUCAUGUAAACAUCACUUUUGUUGCUUGCGUCACUCCAGGGCAGCAGUAGCACAAACCGCUCGCUUUUUUUGUAAGGUUAAAGAGAGGACUUUUAAACAUUGCAUUUUGUUGCAUACUUUUUUUGUAUGUGCUUAACAUUUUAGUCUAUACAGAGGCGAUGCGCCUCUUUAAUGUAUAUAGUUUUUUAUGGGCUUUUCAGAGAAAAGAGAUUUUCUUUUUUCGUACAGUGUGUAUUUCCUGUGCUGAGGUCUGCUGUACUUUAUUUAGAAGAAAAACAAACAAAACAAUGUAAGCUCUGAUUGUAUAUUCAGGUGCUGCUUCUAGACAGGGCAAAGACGACGACACACUUUAACCCCUCUGCUAUCAACGCCGUGGAUAGAAACGUCCUCAUACUGCUUGCUGUUGGCCAGUAUUAGACUCCGUAUCCAGCAUCGUACCUGCAGUACAAUCGGUGUGUGUGUCCCCUACGAUGUCUUUCUUCCACUCAAUGCACUUUCUAUAGCAUUAGAAUGGACCCUUUAACCAAAACCUGCUUCUGUGGACUUGUUAUAAAGGCUAUUCAGAGCAGCAAGUACAAAGCAUAUAGCAUUCAGCACUUGAGUUGAUGUGUGAAGGGUACGUGGCUGGUUUUUUACUUAAAGGUUGUGAUGUUUUCUGCUCUUCAGAUGCAGUUUGCAUCAAACGAGUAGCACGGCAAUAGUUGCAUCAACCCUGCUGCUGACAGACCCUUUGCUCCGGUAUCAGACGAACCUGUUUUAGCUUCACUGAACUUUAUUCAAAUCAGGUCCGUGGAGAAGAGUUUGAAGACUGUCAGUGUUUCUUUAUGUAUAAAUAUUCACAUCGGUUUAUUUGGGACAAUAAUUCUGGAAAAACUGCAAGGGCAAACCACUUUGUGUAUAAACGUCAUAUCAGACAUCUCCAUUUAUUUAGUAUUCUCUGUUUUGUUUUUUUUUCAUUUUUUUUUCAUACAAGCUCGAGAGAAAGUAUGCUCUGUUUAACUGUUUUUUGGAAUUGAUUUGUUUAAUUUAUGUUUUAAAUUAUGUUUAGUUAAUUUAUUUAUUCAGCUACAUUUGUUGUUUUAACCCCAAAAUUAAGAGUACUUGUUGAAGUUUGAAUGCUGAGUGUGAACAGAACAGAAGUUGAGCUCAUCUUUUCCCUAUUCCUAGUUUUGACGUGACGUCACACCCCUACAGGAAUGCCCAUCUGGAGGGCAAAACACACCUUUCCGCAAGUUAUUGUUAUGAGGCUUGUAUUAAGUAGUAAUAUAGUAAGACACUAUAUUACUAUAUUAUUAAGGCCAAAUUCAGUAUACACCUUAUUAAUGACGCAUACGUUGUACAGGCAGGCAGAUGAACCCAGAAUAUAAACACUAUGUGCAAAGUUUCACAUGAAAUAAAUUUUUCCCAUUAAAAAAAACACGCAUUGCAUUCUGGGAUCAUCUGCUUGCCUAUACAAAGUAUGAACAGUAUCAUCAAUAAGGUGUAUACUGUUCUUGAUAUUUUCAUAUCACUCUUUUAAUACAUUAAGGUACUUUAAGUGUUUUUCACAUUAAACAUUUUUGAAUAUCCCAAUGUUUUUAGUG